AUGUCUAAAAGGAAAAAUUCAACGCAUAAAAGUUUUAGCGAAGACGAAAUUAUUGAUCUAACCAAUGAAAUUAAAAAAGAAAAAGAAACAGAAGACCUAUUUUCACCAAAAUACAUCACUCAACAUCCAAUUUCAUAUACAAAUCAAUAUAAAGAUGAACGUCCUCAAUCAUCAGAUCCUCUCCAAUCUGAUCCUCCCUCAUCCUUUUCUCCUGUCUACUGUGCACAUGAUAAUCCACCUCCUGUAUCACCAAAUCAACCUGGCUUGCGUUGUAAAAAACGUGCAUGGACCAAAGAGGAAGACCACGCUUUACUUGAUUCAAUCAUUGUUGAAUUAUCAGGCCGUUGGUCCUCAAUUUGUUCUCGAAAUGAAUUACUGAUUCAACGCGGGCCUAGCAUGGCGUCACAAAGAUUUAAAAGCUCGAUUAAACAUAAGCUGUUGAGUGGAGAAAAUUCCAAAAGGCCACGAUUAAAGGAUGACGAAGAAUAA